UCCUCCCUCUCGCGGGCGCGCGCACAUUCCUUUUGUCCAAGAUGGCGGAAUAGAUGCAGCAGAAGCGACGCUAAUGUUUGUUGCUUUAUUUUUAAGCGCAAAAUUAAACACCCGCCGUCUGUUUUUCGUGCACGCGUUAGCUAAAAGUCCCCUCACGAAUGUGCACCGUUUCUCGGAGCCGUGAGAAUUCACCUCGGAGCUGAUUUUCUGUUUUUGCGCUGAGGAGCAUCACUGUAAAAUGAAGAGGCAGGCCGAACGCGACGCGAGUCCGUCCAGGGCGCUCUCCAAACGCGCCCGCGAGCGGGACAGAGAGCGCGAGCCCAGCGCGCCACUCGCGCUGCUGCUCGCCGAGACCCGAAGUUACCACAAGCGAAGCCGCAGCCGAGAGCGGGAAAAAUCGCGGGCGCGCGAAGAGCGCGACAGCCUCCAUCACCGUGAACUGGGUCUGCUGGGUCGAGCCCCGGUCCGAACCGCAGGUAAGACCCCAUCCGCAGACAUGGCGGGUACACGACUCGAAUACAAGACACUAUUGAUCAGCAACCUCGGCUCGCAGAUUUCUGACGAGCAUGUCGAGGACGGACUGUUUCACGAGUUUAAAAAGUUUGGGGAUGUUAGCGUCAAGCUUUCCCACACGCCGGAACUGGGCCGGGUCGCCUACGUCAACUUCCGGCACACGGAAAACGCGCGGGAAGCGCGGCACUCCAAAACAAGGUUGGUGCUUUACGAUCGUCCGCUAAAAAUUGAACCCAUGUACAUGCGGCGUCGCAGUUGCACGCCUCCUGACGUCAGUUACGCAUCCGUGCACAGUGCUGCCUACACGUACAGACAGAGAUCCCUUUCCCCAGGUGCUGGUGGCAGUGCACUUACAAGGGAUGCGAGAGCCAGACAUUACGUCGAAGGUAUUGGACUCAGCCGGGAACGUGUUUUGGACUAUUAUACCGCCUUGGAUGAGAGGAGUCGCAUGUAUGCUUAUCAGUUACCUGAGGAUGACUUGAAACCAGAGGAUGAUCAGAGAGCAACUAGGAAUUUAUUCAUCGGCAAUUUGGAUCAUAACAUUUCUGAGGUGGAACUACGGCAGGGGUUCGAAAAAUAUGGGAUUAUCGAAGAGGUCGUCAUCAAGCGUCCGGCACGUGGACAGGGGGGCGCUUACGCUUUUCUCAAAUUUCAGAAUUUGGAUAUGGCUCAUCGAGCCAAAGUGGCUAUGCAGGGACGAAUGAUUAACGGAAACCCGAUAAAAAUCGGCUACGGGAAAGCCAAUCCAACGACUCGCCUGUGGGUGGGUGGACUCGGCCCGAAUACAUCGCUGGCCACUUUAGCCCGUGAGUUCGACCGCUUUGGGAGUAUUCGCACUAUAGACUAUGUAAAAGGAGAUAAUUUUGCGUACAUUCAUUAUGAAAGCCUGGAUGCUGCUCAGGCCGCUUGUGCGCAGAUGCGUGGCUUCCCUCUGGGCGGUCCGAACCGCCGACUGCGUGUGGAUUUUGCUAAAGAAGAGGAGACCAGGGCGUACCCUCAGCAGUACCAGCCUCCUCUUCCCCUCCCUUCACAUUACGACCUUCUGCCUGAUGGUUACGGACGUCACCGUAGCCUCGAAAGAGAACUGAGGGCGAGAGCUCGUUCACCCUCCCAUCCUUUGUUCGUGGAGCGAGAAAGAGAUCGCCUUUCGGACCGCGAAUGGAGUCCGCUGAAAGGGCUGGAGCGCAGUGCGAACCCUGACGCGUUUGGGCGAGCGAGACAGCGCAGCCGCAGUCGUAGUCGCAGCAGGGAACGUUGGAUAAAGGAACGAGAACUGGAACGCAGACAAGGAAAAAGCUGGGAGGAGCGGCGCAAACGGAGAAGCCUCAGCCCCGUCGAGCGGUCCACAGAGGAGCGUGGAAGGUCAAAAAUUCGUGGAGGAGCCCCUUGCACCCCGGAAGACAGCCCAGAUCGGAGCCGUGGUCGGCUACCGGACUCCACCUCCGAACCCCUCAAUCACACUCCCGAUAUAAGCAGACACUCCAGCGACGAACGCGCCCCGCUAGAUGAAUCCUCGCAUUCGAGGAAGGACGGCGAGCACGAACGCAACCACCGCAAAGGCGAGAGCGACCCCGACUCGCAGACGGACAAGUCAAAAACGGACUCCAAAAAGCCAAGCACGCUCUCCGAAUACGCACAGACUCUGAGCCGUGUCUGGCACGGUUCUCUCGUCCUUAAAAACAGUUGCUUUCCCACAAACAUGCAUAUGUUAGAAGGAGGCGCAAACUUUUUUUACACCCUCAUGCGGGACAAUCAUGCAGGCGGCGCCAAGAUCACCCAGCUCAAAAUUGCUCAGCGGCUGAGGUUGGAUCAGCCCAAACUGGACGAGGUGACGCGUCGCAUCAAACUAGGCAGCCCGGACGGUUACGCCGUGCUCCUCGCCGUUCAAGGCCCCGUGGACCGCGAAGCCCCACCUCCAGAACCGGGCCUUCAGCAGCGCCUUCUCAGAAACCUGGUGACUUAUCUCAGGAACAAGCAGGCGGCUGGGGUCAUCGGUCUGCCCCUUGGUGGCCCCAAAGAUAGGGAGAUGGGGGGCAUGUUGUAUGCUUUUCCACCCUGUGACUUCUCGCAGCAGUAUCUUCAGACUGCUUUGAAAACUCUUGGAAAACUUGAGGAAGAGCAUCUGGUCAUAGUGGUUGUUAGAGACUCAACUUAACACUUCAAUCGAAAGUCCAGAUACUCUUCCCCUCCAUUUCCACAUACAGAUAUUACACUUGUUGGUUUUAUGUGGACGUAUGUUUUUAAUUCCAUGCAUUUCGCUGUGUUUUUAAAAAGUUGAACGUAGAUCGUAACAUCCCUAUUAACAUACCAGCGAGUUUUGUGUUUGUUUUGACUAAACAGUAUUCGAAAUGGUCAUUGUCCUAUUUAAAAUGGUUUAUAACGUUGCAUGCACAGCUAAUUUUCCUGAAGUUUCUUUCGGGUGAUUUACUGUAAUGUGUAUAAAACAUAUUGGUCCUCACUUAUGAAACAAGCAGAACAAAUAACCGUUAGUAAAUUGUCACUAUAAUUCAGUGCAAUGGCUAGUUUCACAAAUUAUCUAUUUAGUUCUGACUUGGUGUCAUAAGUGAGUCCCAUAGACCUGCAUUCGCUAUAAUUUGCUUAUAACUUUAAAACACAUUCUUCCCUAUCCACUUGUAUGUUUACAAUAACUGGGUAAAGGUUUGGUUUUACUUUAAGUAAUACACGGUAUGGUGGUCAGGCAUUAACUUUUGCCAUCUACCUCUCAUGCGACAAAUCAGGUCUCCUCACGUCGACUGUUUUUGAGCCCAUUGCAGUUUUAUCACACAUGCAGCGUUAACAGAAAGGUCAUGUGACCACACACACACACGUGUCUUACUGUAAAAUGUACUGUACCAAUCCAAACACACUAAUGUUUGUAAACAAACACUAUGGACUUUGUGCACACGAUUGUCUUUUUAUUAUGCCUUAUUGGUUUUUGCCCUCUUGUAUCUUAGUUAUUUGAGCCAAUGCGCAUUUUAAACGAUUGUACGAGUUUAAAAAACGUCCAGUGAUUUCAAAUUUUAUAAGCUCAAAUCCAGUGUUAUUUAAGAUUUUAGUUAUUGGUGUUUUAAAAGCCUACUCGCCAACACUACAACCAUUGCACUGAACGGUCAUUUUCUGUUGUUUUUAUUGCAUUCUUUUAUUAGAUCCUCUUUUAUCACUCCUUUUUUUUGUAAAACAAUUUUUUAGGAAAGUCUUUUUUUCUGUCUGUAUGCCAACUAUGUAUGACACAGAAAUGUAAGUAAACAAUUCAUGUUCUUGUA